UUAACACGUUACAUCAUGACAGCUGACUGAUCGGAUUGAUUUGACGUUUGGAUGUGUCCUUGGUGUCCCUUUUUCUUAUAGAAUAAAGUAGUUGUUAAAAAUGGUAGUACACGUAUUUCCUGUAGCAAAACUCGGAGCCCUUCUAAUAAAACAAAUAAGUAAACCCAUCGCAAACGCUGUUAAACAGGGGGCGAAGAGUUCACCAGUUUUUAGAAAAUAUGUCUGUCUACCUCCUGCACAAUUUUAUAACUGGUGCGAAACCAAGACAAAAAUGUGGCUUUUGCAUCUAGGACAACCGGUGAACCUUACAGUAUUAAAUGAAGCUGCUUCUAUAGAAUUAGGUGCAAAUUUAUUAGGAGAAACAGUCAUAUUUGCCAUUGCUGCAGGGAUUUUAGUAUUAGAGUAUAACAGGAGUUCGAAAAAAGAAGCUGCAAAAGAAGAAGCUCGAUUAAAAGAGAUACAGGACUUGAAAGAUUCUUUAAGGGAUUUGUUUAUACAAACAGAGGAACAAGGAGCUCAUAUUCGAGAAUUGACUAGACAGCUAGGAUAUUCUAACAGGGGUGGAACAACGAAAGUCAAACACCCUGAAGAAUUUCCUCCCAAAAAAGAACCACCUCAGGGACCUCCACAAUUAAUUCCUCCAUCUAGAAAAAUAAAAGAAGUUGAAGAAAACGUAGAAAAUACAGACUUGUUAGUAAAUUCUAAUUUUAAACCAUUACGAGGCGUGAUAUUUAAAGCUAUAAGCUCUGUGGAAAACACAAUGUUGUUUGAUCCACAUGGAAAAAGAGAACCUGGUGUAAUAAUGACGGCUUUAAACUUAUUGUACAAAGACGUGUACCAUAGUAGGUUGACAUUCUGAUGUAGUUAAUUUCUAAUCGUCUUUGGUUUGUUAAGUUUAAAAUAUAUUUAAGUUUAAACAUUUUUACUGUAAGCUGAUCUAAAAAUAAAGUGCGCUAAAGUAUU